AUGGCCAGACCGACACGUCUUGCCGGCGGCGCCCAGGACAACUUUCAAAUCUUCCGUGACGACUACUACGAAAAUUUAACCCCCAUGAUGAGCCACGCGCCGAUGCCCGCCGUGGCCAAGCCCCCUCGCAGGCCCCUCGCCUCCUCCAACAGCAACGUCGUCCUCAACCCCCCUUCCUCCUCCUCGUUCCGACAGUCGCCCGUCAAGGGUGCUCACAUGAACAGCGCGCCAUUGACCUCGCUGCAACCCGCACAGAGCAACCGCCUCGGCAUGGUCACAAUGGCACCGCCAUUCCUCCAGGGCCGCCAACACGGACUCUCUUCAGAAGAAGCCCUAUCUCUCCCAGUUCAAGACGGUCGCCCAAAAACCCGUGACCGACGCGAGCUUCAACUACGGCAAGAAAACGUGCAGCCGCAACUGUUCCCCGCGCCUCCUACGAUGAACUUUGACACGUACUUUCUCCCGUCGCAGAAGACCCCUGGGAAGCGUGGAUUGAUGGAUGCCGCUCCUAUCAAGGAGGCAAGACCUGUGAAGAAGGCAAAGCUGGACGAAUUUGGUCUCCCACCCUACGACUCCUUCCCGCCCAUCACCGAUGACGGCAACAAGCCCGGACACAGCUAUGCGCAGCUGAUUGGAAUGGCCAUUCUGCGAUCGCCCCUCAGGCGUCUCACGUUGGCCCAGAUCUACAAAUGGAUCUCAGACAGCUUCAGAUUCUACAAGGCCGAAGACGCCGGGUGGCAGAACAGCAUUCGCCACAACCUCAGUCUUCACAAGGCGUUCAUCAAGGUUGAGCGACCCAAGGACGACCCGGGCAAGGGCAACUACUGGACCAUUCAGACAGGCAUGGAGCAGCAGUUCAUCAAGGAGAAGCCCACGCGUAAAACGGCCUCGACGGCCGAGAACCUGCCCGUCAUGUCCACUCGCCUCGAACCCUCUCGCCCCGUCUCGAUGCCUCUGCCCGAACCAACGCUGCCCCCGCCUGCGCCCGUCAGCCGCGCCACGCUGCCGCCGCUCCCGACCUCGCAGGCUACCCUGCCCGCCGAGAUGUCGUCGGAUGCCACGAUUCCCAUCUCCGAUCCCGCCGGACCCGAAGACGGCGCCGACAAAGGCCCAGAGUCGGAGGCGCAGUUUGAGCGUCACCUGUACUCACCCAUGCCUGCCGCCAUGCACUCGUCCCCUCCUGUCCCUCGCCAUAUGGGCUCACAAAGCCGCACGCCGCCUCCCGCAGCGGGGGUUCUGGCUACAUCGUCGAUCAACCGCUCACACAAGCGCAAGUUUGCUUCCAUGGACGACAGUGGCUACAUCUCUUCUCUCGAGUCUUCCGCCAUGAGGUCCACGAAACCCGGCCUGCUGACAUCUGAGGCUGACCGCCCUCGCUCAAAGCGUGGCCGCACCAGCCGUGAGGGUCGCGCCGAGACGGAAAUCGCCAGGCUCCGCGCUUCUUCCUACGACAGCCCCAGCAAGGGACGCUCGUACAACGCUCUCCCUCCUCCUUCUUCAUCGCCCUUCCGCUCCGCCGAGGGACAGAUGCUCCCGCCUCUGACACCCGCCAUGAAGCUGAAGGCUCCGCAACGUGCGCCGCCCUCGGCCUCGCCGAACACCAACCUACAGAUUCACCGUGACCAGGUCCGUGCCAUGUUGCAAUCACCGCUACGGAAGAUGACAGGCGCUGGCGAUGAGAGCACGCCUUGGAGUCCCGCUUUCAAUCUCGAGCACUCGUUGUACGACUUCAACAGCAUGAACUAUCCCGACCUCGACAUCUGGCAGGACCUGGACGAAGGCAUGUUUGCCGGCGCAGCCGCCUAUGAGUCGCCCUGCAAGAAGUCGACUAAGCGCCCCCGCAUUGAGCGUACCCAGUCGGCGAGUGCUCUGGCCGACCUGACCAGUGCGCCUAACGGCGCCGCGGUGACUUCGACACCUUUCCUCAAGGGAUCCGAAGCCAUCACCUGGGAGACGCCAAGCAAGGUGUUCAUGGGACUUGACUCGUCACCCUCUAAGCCCUACAGCAUGCAGUCGCCCAGCAAGCGUGCAUCCCCGCCUAAGAUGGGCUCCUUUUACGAUAUGCCUCCCGAUGGCUUCUUCCCUAACAUUCUUGACGACCCGAGCUUCCUCAUGGAGGACAGCGAAAACUACCCUCUCGACAUGUGCCAGGGCUUCCAGAAGAUCGGCUCGGGCUCUCAGUCAACAGAGACCAAGGCGCCCGCGAAGCCUGGGCUCCCAAGGAGCUACACUACCCGCUUCUAA